CUAGAAGCAUAUUUUGAGAGUGAGUGAGAGAAAAUGAGUGACAGAGGUGGAAAUGCCUGUGAUAACACCUGUGGCUGCACAGUUCCAUGCCCUGGCGGUUCUUCUUGCAGGUGCAGGAGUGCUUCCACUACAGCGGGAGGAGGAGGAGGUGAACACGUGACAUGCACGUGCGGAGAGCACUGUGGAUGCAAUCCAUGCUCAUGUCCCAGAACUGCUGCUGCUGGAAGUGGAUGCAGAUGUGGUUCAGAAUGUGCAUGUGUCUCUUGCCACAGUUAAACAACAUCAUAGUUUAAACCAGCUAUCCUAAUUAAUAUAUGCUUUCUACUACAUAAGUACUCAUAUGUUAAGGUUUUUCCUUAUGCAGUAGGCAUAAUAUGUUAUGCCCUCUUGUACUUGAGAACUAUCAAUCAUAAAUAAAAUAUGUAUUAAGCUGUUGUACUUGAAAAUUAUGAAUCAUAAAUAAAAUACGUAUUAAGAGAAA